GGCCUGAUCAGCGCUGUGUUGGCCCCAUCUUUUUCCCCACGCAACACACUCACUCAACAUGUCCCACUACGACAGCGAGAAGUUCGCAAUCGAGCAGGGCGAGAAGCGCGACUCGCUCAACGGUGGUCCCCGUGCCGGCAAGGACAACAACUAUGCCGUCGAGAUCGCUCCUGCCGGCCAGUCCCAACACGUCCAGGACGCCGUUUUCGGUGACAUGGGCGAGGGAGGCCCCAACUACCGUGCUGUUGGUCCGCUCGGUGCUUUCGCUCUCAUGACCAAGGCCAACAUUGGUCUUGGUGUUCUUUCCAUCCCUUUCGUCUUCAUGGAGGUCGGCAUGGUGCCCGGUGUCAUCUUGCUCCUCGUCAUCAACCUCAUCAUCAUGUACUGCGCGUGCAUCAUCGGUGACUUCAAGAUGAACCACCCUGAGGUGUACGCCAUCGCCGACGCCGGCUACGUUGUCGGCGGCCGCUUUGGCCGCGAGUACUUCGGUCUCGCCUUCGUUCUGUUCAUGAUUUUCGUCUCGGCCUCGGGUAUUCUUGCCAUCGGCACUGCCCUCAACGCCGUUUCUUCCACUGCUACCAAGCACAGCGCGUGCACGGCCAUCUUCAUCGCUGUCGCCGCUUUCUGUGGCUUCCUUCUGGCCCAGAUCCGCACUCUUGGCAAGAUCUCGUGGCUCGGUUGGAUUGGCCUCGUUUCCAUCAUGGCCGCCAUUCUCACUCUCACUAUCGCUGUCGGUGUCCAGGAGCGCCCUUACCUCGCCGCCAAGGAGUUCCCCACCGGCCCCUGGCCCAAGGACCUCAAGAUCACCAACAGCCCAACAUUCUCGGUCGCGAUGAGCUCCAUCAACUCGAUUGUCUUUGCCUUCGCUGCCACUCCUACCUACUUCGGCAUCAUCUCGGAGAUGCGUGACCCCCGCUCGUACAAGCGCACCAUGUGCAUCUCGAUGGGCCUCCUCUACAUCGUCUACGCUGUCAUCGGCAUUGUUGUUUACUACUUCUGUGGCAAGUACGUCGCCAACCCCGCCCUCGGCUCCGCUGGUCCCACCAUGAAGAAGGUUGCCUACGGCAUCGCUAUCCCCGCGCUGCUCGCCACCGUCUGCAUCUACCUCCACCUUGCUGCGAAGUACUUCUUCGUCCGCAUCCUCGCCGGCACCCCGCACCUUUCCUCGAGCACCAAGGUCCACUGGAUCACCUGGUACUCGUGCGUCGUUGGCUCCACCAUCGUCGCCUACGUGAUUGGCUCGGCCAUUCCUAUUUUCGGCAACCUCAUCUCGCUCGUCGGCGCUAUGAUCGGCCCCUCGGUGUGUGUGGCCCCCUACGCGUGGAUGUGGUACCACGACAACUGGAAGCUCAACAUUAACGGCCGCCGCAGCACCAUCAUGCUCGCGUGGAACGGCUUCCUCUUUGUCCUUGCUAUCUUCCUCACCGUUGCCGGUACCUACGGCGCCAUCGUUGCCAUCAUCAACGACCCCAACCGCUCGAAGCCUUGGGGCUGCGCCGACAACUCGAACACGGUCGAGGUACCCGAGUAGAGCGUUGGAUAGCAUUAGUAGAGUCCACCUCCGUCCCAGCAGACGGUAAAAUACCCUAUGGUCCGUCAAUAGGUCACUCCACUCCAUGCGAGUGGCGUUGUACAUAAUGCAUUGUGGUUGUGCACUG